UGUGUCACUGCGUGUUGAUGGCAGAAGAGCAACAAGGUUUUUCCGCCUAUUGCCCGUUGGAAAUUAAUGUGAAUUAAGGGAAUCCUGGAGAGCUAGUGUUAGUACUUCCGCUUGGUGGCAAUCCGCAGUCAAUUAAUUGGAUAUUAUAUGGAACAAGAACAAUGGAAAACGCUCUGCAUUACAUAGAACUAUCAAAAGAUCCAAUCACAUUUGAUAGUGUCAGCCAGCUCACAAAUGUAUUUUUCGAUGACUCCAAUAGACAAAUUUUCGCUGUCCGUUCGGGCGGCGCUACCGGUAUAGUUGUCAAAGGGCCGACAAACAACAACGUGAUUUCGUUCUGCAUGGAUAACAAAGACAAAGAAAUAAUACGCUCGAUUAAAUUCGCACCGGAUAAUAAAAUCUUAGCAGUGCAGCGAGUUGAAAACUCGGUUGAAUUCAUCCCGUUCCAGGACAAUCAGCCUCUGUUGAAUGAAAUCGUCGUCUAUACUGCGAAGAGCCUAACAAUCUUCGGUUUUGUCUGGGUACAUGAACGAGAGAUUGCCAUCAUUUCGAGUAGUGGUGUCGAGAUUUUCCUUGUAGCGAUCGACAAGAAGCAAGUGAAAUCUAUGAAAUCAAUAACGUUAACAAUAAAAUGGUUUGCUUGGUGUCCGGAGGGUAAUUUUGCAGUUCUGGCAACUAAUAAUGGAAUGACAUUGAACCCGGUGAUAUUGAAGCAGAAAACAAUUACCAGACUUCCAAAAUUGGACCUGGAAACUCCUCGAGAAGGACCUGUACCUGAACGCGAUGUCACCCUCGGUCAAAUUUACGGUACAUUUGCUGUGCUCAUCCUUCUGCAGAACAGUAGCGGCCUAGGUGAAAUUGUCAUUUACAUGCUAAAUGGACCUGGUCUAGCCCCGAGAAAACAACAUGUCCUACGACUGGGUCACAGCGGUCGAUUCGCUAUGAAUAUUGUAGAUAAUUUGAUUGUAGUUCACCACCAGGCCUCGGCUACCUCACUUCUUUUCGAUAUUGCCUUGAGUGGAGAAGUGGACACUAAUGGCAUAACGUAUCACGCGCCAAUCACUCCUGGAAGAGCUAUCAAACCAUUUUUGCUGAAAGUACCUUCGCUAGGGGAGCAAACAAAGUAUUGCGAAUUAUAUUCGAAGCAUUGGGUGUUGUUCCAACCGAACAUUGUCAUUGACGCCUCUGUGGGACGAAUGUGGUACCUUUAUCUGCAAAUGGAGCCGUUAUGUACCUUGAUAACUGACCGGGUGCGAUUAGUAGAGUUCUUGCUCAAUCGGACGAACGGCAAAAGGAUUUUGUUAAAUGUCUUACAAGAAAUGGUUGACAGCCAAUACAAUGGAAUGCUUUUGCCAAUAAUGGAGAAUGUUUUCGACAAACUAAACGUUGUAUACUCAAAUUGGCUUUCGGCGCAAUUACAAUCUCAAACCGCGCAACCAUCAUCUGCGAAAAACCUUCCGAAAUUGCCAACUCCUCCCAAAGUCCUAAUUGACCAGAAUGACAUGUACGCGGAAGUUUUCACACCUAUCGCAGAGCGUGCCUAUACUGAAAAGAUUCUAAUACUUUACCUCCAAUCCCUGGCCCGUCACAAUAUCGAUGCCCAGCCAGAUCUUAGUAAAAUGAUUGCCGCCGAACUAAUACGUAACGAGCACUUCGAUACGCUGCAAAAACUAGUUGAUUACGCCCUUCUGAAGGACUCAAAACUGUUAGCCUGUUUCCUUCUCUCUCAUUCUCAAAUCAACUCGACAAUCACGCAAACAGCUAUGGAUAUUUUGGAUAGGCUCAAAGCAUAUGAAUUAAUUCUAGAAAUACUUCUUAGUCAAGGAAAAGUUAUCGAUGCGCUCCGUGUUGCCAAAAGUUUACCGGAUUGUGAUACUAUAUCUGCUAGGAAAUAUUUAGAGGCAGCUAAAAAAACGGGCGACCCGGCCAUUUUCUAUUCUGUGUUCUUGUACUUCCAACAGAGGAACUAUCGGCUACGCGGAUCCCCCGAGUUUAUUCGAGGUGAUCAAUGUCUGGAGUUUGUACAAUAUUUUAGUAUGAUUUUCGGGUUAAAACAAUCGUCUUAGAAUUGAGAAUUUAUGUCAAAUAUUAACAUCACUGUGAUAAUUUAUAUAAGGUUAAUAAACGUUAUGUUGGCCAGAGA